AUGAAUAUUCAUAAAAAGGUUCAAUCAGACUUAAUGCAGGAGCGGCAAAUCCCUCGUCUGACACUGUGUUUGCUCAGCGCUGCAUUCUUCGGGUCUGUGGGAUCGUCGUUCCUGUACGGAUAUAACCUGUCAGUGGUCAACGCUCCGGCCAGUUUCAUCAAGAGCUUCUACAACCGCACGUGGCUGGAGCGCUACGGCGAGCCGCUGGGCGAGGAGGCGGGGACAGUGCUGUGGUCCGUCACGGUGUCGGUGUUUGCCAUCGGGGGCCUGGUGGGGGCGCUCACGGUGUCCUUCCUCAUCAAGGCCCUGGGCAGGAAAGGAACUCUUCUGGCCAAUAAUGCUCUGGCUCUGAUCGCUGCGCUCCUAUUGGCUCUGGGAGAGACGGCCGGAUCUUUCGAGAUGCUCAUCAUUGGUCGGUUUAUCAUCGGCAUGGAUUCAGGCGUGGCUCUCAGUGUGCUGCCCAUGUAUCUGGGGGAGAUCUCUCCUCGGCAGGUCCGCGGCUCCAUCGGCCAGUUCCACGCCAUCUUCAUCUGUCUGGGGGUGUUCAUGGGGCAGGUGCUCGGACUGCCCGAGAUAUUUGGACAGGAAACCAGGUGGCACUUCCUGUUUGCUUUCUUGGCGUUCCCUGCCCUUCUGCAGCUGUGUGUUCUGCCGUUUCUGCCCGAGAGCCCCAGAUUCCUACUGAUGGAGCGCCGGGAUGAGGUGGCAGCAGAAAAAGCAUUCCAGGCAUUCCUGGGCCGCACAGAUGUGAGUCGUGAGCUGGAAGAGGUUCACGCUGAGAGUCGUGCUCAGAACACACAGCAGACGGCGUCUGUGCUGGAGCUGUUCCGGAAGCGUUCGCUCCGCUGGCAGCUAAUCACUGUGAUCGUGGUCAUGAGCUGCUAUCAGCUCUGCGGACUCAACGCCAUCUGGUAUUACACUAACGGGAUCUUCGAGAAGGCCGGGUUCGAGAAGGCUCUGAUUCCCUAUAUCACUCUAAGCACCGGUGGCAUCGAGACACUGGCCGCCAUCAUAUCUGGUUUAGUGAUUGAGAAAAUCGGUCGGAGGCCAUUAUUAAUUUUUGGUUUUUCAGCGAUGGCCAUUUUCUUCAGUCUGCUCACGGUCUUCCUGCAUUUUCAGGACAGUUUCUCAUGGAUGCCGUAUCUCAGCUUCACCUCCAUUCUACUUCUGAUUGCUUCCUUCUGUUCCGGUCCAGGUGGUGUCCCGUUCGUGUUGACGGGGGAGCUGUUUGAGCAGUCGUAUCGUCCGGCAGCGUUCAUGGUCGCUGGCACCGUCAACUGGCUCUCUAACUUCGCAGUGGGACUCCUGUUCCCCUUCAUACAGGAGGCGCUGCAGACGUUUGCGUUCCUGCUGUUCGUGGUGGUGUGUGCCGCCGGUGCCGUUUACCUGCUUGUCGUUCUGCCAGAGACCAAAAACAAAACCUUCGUGGAGAUCAGCCAGAGUUUCUCCAAGAUCAACAGAGUCACGGAUCAAGGGCAUGAGCGAGAGAUGCAGGACGUGCUGGAACACACAGACGUCAACGGACUCCAGUGUGGAGGAGACGUGGAGAUGGAGAGCUGCUUCUAAAACACCUACACCUCCACAUGACGGAUGAUCAGCUCGUUUAUACGAGAGUGUGUGAGAUGUGGAGAUGGAGAGCUGCUUCUGAAACACAUGAUGGAUGAUCAGAUCGUUUAUGCGAGAGUGUGCGUGUGUGUGUGAAAGAGAGUGUGAGAGAGAGAGUGUGUGUGUCUGUGUGUGCGUGUGUGUUCAAAGCUCUCAUCGGCUUCAGCUCAGAUAAUGAUGUUCAGCUGAAUUCAUCACAAAAACACCAGCCACGUAAAGAGAGAUGGAAACAACAAAACUCAUGUCUGAUUCCUUCAUGCAUGUGAGAUCAGACUUUUAGACAUCAAAUGGACAGACAAAUAUUGACCCUUUUAAGCCAGAUUAUAUUCACAUGAUUAAUUUUAAUCCAAAACGUAUGAGUAAAGAUCUGAUGGUAAUUUAAGAACAAUGCAUUUCAUCUUCUGAGGGGAAAACUCAGACGUGCGUAGAAAAUGAUGUUCUUCCUUGUUUAAUGAAAAACAGAUUAAAAUGAAGCGAGUUUGUGCUUAAAACAAGAACAAAUAUCUGCCAGUGGGAUCAGGAAAAACAAACUUGUUUUCCCUUUGAAUUAAGUGUAUUGACUGACAGAUAUGUUUUCUUGAUUUAAGCUUUUUUUCUUUCUUUUUUUCCCAGAAAUGGAUUUUGCUUCUCCAGUACAUGUAUUUUGGUUUAAGACUGUUUACAUAUGUGUGCUGGAAACCAAGACAGAAACACUGAGUAGGAAACACGUUUUGGCUGUGCUGCUCAGUAAUUUAAUCAUCAUCGUAUAAAAAUCUCACACACACACUGAGACACACGCCGUUUCCCUGCAGGAAUUGUGUUUCUAAUGGGAUUUUGAGCUAGUGUUCAGCUGGACUUCAUGAGCAUGUCCUAAUGUGUGUCCUGAUUGAUUCUGUCUGUCUGUCUGUCUGUCUGUCUGUCUGUCUGUCUACCUGAGUCUUAGAAACAACAGAUCUUGAGAUGAGACUGAUCUGGGAACUCAUUCUCCUGCGACAUUUACAUUUUUGUACUCUCUCCAUUGGCAUAUAAUGCAACAAGAAUUUGCUAAAAUCUAUAGAGUUUACUAAUAAACUAUUCAAUCUCUGUGUAAAAAUAAAAUAAUGAUUCUGCAAUCUUUCUAAAGUUAUUUGGCUCCAAAUCUUAAAAAUCAGUUGUCAUGUUGAAAUUAAAUUUCAUUUUCAACAUCCUCUACAAAAUAGAUUUAGUAAAUAUUCAUUUGUGCCAUUAAAUAGUUUUGCCUUCCA